CUCUGCCUGCAAGCGGUUCUCAAGAAACCGCAGUCACCGAACGCAAACAUUCCGGACAUUCCGAAUCCAGCGGCGAGGCAUAGGCCUCAUCAUCACAUGCAAGCACCUGCCUACACGGAGUUGACGCACAGCGACAAGGACUCCGGAGAUUCGGGCAUCCACUCUCCGGACAAUCUGUCGGCGUCACCACGAAAGAGCUCUCCGUCGAAUUCGUCACGAAUCACUGGUUCGCCAAGAGACUUGUCGCCUCUACUGCUACAAGAGCUGGCAUGCAUGAACGUCAGAGAAGUGGCAGCACGACCGGGUGUUGGCCAGAUUGGCCGCCCCAUUGCUAUCCGCUCAAACUUCUUUGAAAUUGAUCUAUCUAGUUCUAAUAUGAUGGUUAUACAGUAUCAUGUUGAAGUGCACCAUCCUGGAAGUCGCAAACUCGACCGAGACGAAAAUCGCGCCAUCUUCUGGAAAGUUGUGGCUGAUCACCCAGCAAUUUUCGCCAAUAAAUUUGCCGUUGCAUUCGAUGGCGCACACCAACUAUACACUCCUUAUCGUCUUGAGUUUCCGGAGAAACGGAGUUCUAUGCGCUUAGAAGCUGAUGUUCCGUUGGCGAAAGACUCUCGAGAACGCACUCCUUGUGCUGUAUCAUUUCAGUGCGUCGGACCAGUUCUGAUCGAGAUGCGCCGUACCCGCACUAAUAACUUGGACGAAAGGGUUUUGACUCCCAUACAGAUCUUGGAUAUCGUCUGUCGACAAAGCUUGACUUGCCCAUUCAUCGACAAUGCGGCCAAUUUCUACUCAUGGAAGUCUUCCUGCUACCGUAUUCCUAUCAACGGUGCUUUGGCUCUUGACUUGGAAGGUGGUAAGGAGAUGUGGACGGGGUUCUUCUCAUCAGCUCAUGUUGCAAGCGGUUGGAAGCCAUUACUGAACAUCGAUGUGGCCCACACAGCAUUUUACAAAGCAAAAAUUUCCAUGGUACAAUUCAUGUGCGACGUGUUGAAUGAACGAGCUGGCGCGUACCGUAACCAGUCUUCUAGCUCCAGAAACAAUUACGGCAAUACUAACCAGCCGGGAAGAACAUACAGCGCGACUCGCGGUGGGGUCGCGGCAAGUGCUGGCCGUGGAGGCUACCAUACUUAUCCAACACGACCACAACAUACCCCACCUCAGAAACAUGAAGAGUCUUCUGGGAUGUUAUCGCCAAGUACCCUUUACAAGGAGUUCUCGCUCUCUAACCAUGAAAUGAAGAUUCUUGCUGAAGCCGUAAAAGGGAUCAAGAUUCGCAUAUCGCAUAGGAAGGGAGCAGUUCGGGUAUAUCGUGUAAAUAGUCUCCAAAUGCCAGCUGAUCAGCUAACGUUCAAGGGUGUAACCGAGGAUGGACGCGAGACAAUCAAAUCAGUUGCUCAGUACUUUGCAGAAAAAUACGCUGAAUUGCGCUUCCCAAAACUUCCAUGUCUUCAUGUUGGGCCGCCUACCAGAAACAUCUUCUUCCCACUUGAAGUCUGUGAGAUGGACACACCACAGAAGUACAACAAAAAGCUCAGUGAAAAGCAAACGAGCUCCAUCAUCAGAGCAGCCGCAGUGGAUGCUUCACAGCGAGAAGAACGCAUUGCUCAGCUUUGCCAACAAGCUGGCUUUGACCGAGAUCCAUUCCUCAAAGAGUUUGGGCUUUCCGUCUCACCCAGAAUGUUCGAAACCAUGGCUAGAGUCAUUCAACCACCACAAAUCAUGUUUGGAGACAAUUCAAAGAUGGUGGAUCCGAUCGUACAUCCAAAAGAUGGCGCUUGGUCUAUGGACAAUCAGACGCUAUAUCUUCCAGCCACUUGUGGAAGCUACUCAAUGAUAGCUUUGGUGAAUCCAAGAGAUCAAAACUUGCUGCAAGGCUUUUGCCAAGCACUUUACGCUAAGGCUACCCAAAUGGGCAUGGACUUCCCGAAGUGGCCGGACCUUGUCAAAUAUGGUCGUGGUCGUGAUGAUGUUGUUGUAUUGUUCAAUGAAAUAGCUAAUGAGUACAAACAGACCAGUACAAGCUGUGAUCUGGUGAUCGUAGUACUGCCUGGGAAGAAUUCAGACAUUUACAUGACGGUCAAAGAAAGCUCAGAUAUGAUCCAUGGAAUCAUGUCGCAGUGUGUUCUGAUGAAAAAAAGCAGUGGUAUCAACGCAGCAACCUGCUCCAACAUCAUUCUCAAGGUGAACAUGAAACUUGGUGGUAUCAACAGUCGCAUAGUUGCUGAUAACAUCACCCACAAAUACAUCAUAGAUCAGCCAACUUUAGUAGUCGGAAUCGAUGUCACACAUCCAACACAAGCCGAAGAGCGUAUGAAUAUACCGUCGGUGGCAGCGAUUGUUGCCAACAUCGAUCUGCUACCACAGUCGUAUGGAGCUAACGUCAAAGUACAGAGGAAAUGCCGGGAAUCUGUGGUUUACCUCCUCGACGCCAUUCGCGAACGCUUGGUGUCAUUCUACAGGAACACAAAUCAAAAACCAACCCGCAUCAUUGUCUACCGUGAUGGAGUCUCUGAAGGACAAUUUGCUGAAGUACUUCGAGAAGAGAUUCAGGGUAUCCGCUCAGCAUGCAUGAUUCUGUCACCAGAUUAUCGUCCUCCAAUCACCUAUGUAGUCGUCCAGAAACGUCAUCAUGCCAGAAUGUUUUGCAAAUACAGUACGGAUAUGGUUGGAAAAGCCAGAAAUAUCCCGCCUGGCACCACUGUCGACACCGGAAUCGUUUCGCCUGAGGGCUUUGACUUCUAUUUGUGCUCACAUUAUGGCGUACAAGGCACUUCUCGCCCAGCUCGAUAUCAUGUCCUUUGGGAUGACAACAAUUUUAGUGCAGAUGAAAUGCAGGCAAUCACUUAUGGAAUGUGUCACACAUAUGGACGUUGUGCACGCUCCGUUUCUAUCCCAGCCCCUGUUUAUUAUGCGGAUUUAGUAGCAACCAGAGCUAGAUGUCAUAUAAAGAGAAAACUUGGUGUCCAUGAAUCCGAUGGCUUGUCUGAAACCGGCUCGGUGAUCUCAUCACUCUCCUCUUUGAUGUCAGUUGGUCGUCCGCGAAGACGCCGCGAGUUUGAAGCCGGCGAUAUCAAUGCGAAUCAGUCGAAUUCUGACGCUGCAUUACAAGAAUGUGUCUCGGUGACAGACAAAUUCAAAAGCCGCAUGUAUUUCAUCUGACCGCAUUGAAGAAUCACUUGUGAUACAAAAGCAGCGAUUAUUUUCUAAUGUUAUUCAUUAGUAAUCCGGCAUUCCGAGUGUGAUUGUAGUCGUUGUUUUUGAUAGCGUUUCUACAGAAUGGAAUGCAUAAAGGUGUUGGUUUGGUGUUUGAUGUAGC